UGAAACGGUGUCUGUCAAAGCAGAGCGCUUUACGGUGUUCUGGUUGGGUUUUCAGUGCUGAGUGACUCGUCAUCACCCGUUUUGCACUGUUCAGGAUUCAGCUGAAAGGGUUCUCGGGCGUCUGCUGUAGGAUGGCGGGAUGGGCGCUGCCGUCCCUUCGGCCCAAACCUCCUGCCGUCCCUUCCAGCAGCCGGCCUGACUCGAGCUGGUGUAUCCCCAUCUACUGGUGGGAAGCGAGUUCUCGGGUCGGUCUAGGUAGAUGUAAACUCUGGAAACAGACGCGUCAUUUUGGUCCCUUGAUACCACCGAGGGGUUGGCUUUUCCUUUGUGAGAAGGAAAGCACGCGUUUCCUACAAGAGCUUAGGUAACCAGAGCGUGGAGCUCUGCUGCUUCAGUGCUGUAUUCAGCUGAAGGGUGCUAGUUGUGUAACUUUUAAGUGUCUCAGUUAUCAAGAAAACAGUAUUAAACGGCAUAGGUGCAACCAUGCAAGAGAGCAUCCGUUUUGCUUCUUCGGGAGAUGACGUUAAAAUAUGGGAUUCCUCCUCUCUGACUGUGCUGGAGCAGUUCAACCCACACACACCCUCACAUCCAGUCAGCUCAUUAUAUUGGGCCAGCAAUAAUAGAUACCUGGUCACUGCUUCUGCUGCGGGUGAUAAAAUAGUUAUUUCAAGCUGUAAAAGCAGACCUGUGCCACUCUUUGAAAUAGCUGAAGGAGCAAAACAGACAUGUGUGAGCUUGAAUUCUACUUCUUCGUAUAUUUUGAGUGGAGGCCUUGAUAACACUGUUAAUAUCUGGGAUCUGAAAUCCAGAAAGGUUUACCGUAGCCUUAAGGAUCAUAAAGAUGAAGUCACGUGUGUUACGUACAAUUGGAAUGAUUGCUAUGUUGCUUCUGGAUCUUUAAGUGGUGAAAUUAUCCUACACAGUGUUACUACCAAUUUAUCAAGUACUCCCUUUGGUUAUGGAAGCCGUCAGCCUAUUCGACACCUGAAAUAUUCAUCCUUUAAGAAAUCCUUGCUGGGCAGUGUUUCUGACAGUGGAAAUGUAACUCUGUGGGAUGUAAAUAACCAGAUACCAUAUCAUAAUUUUGAAAAUACUCAUAAAGCACCAGCUUCAGAAAUCUGCUUUUCUCCAGUCAAUAAGCUACUGCUUGUAACUGUAGGUUUGGAUAAAAGAAUUAUUCUCUAUGACACUUCAAGUAAAAAAUUACUGACAACAAUAGUAGCUGAUUUUCCUCUGACAACAGUAGACUUCAUGCCUGAUGGUACCACUUUGGCUAUAGGAUGUUCCCGCGGAAAAAUCUGCCAGUAUGACUUAAGGCAACUGACAUCACCAGUGAAAACAGUUAUUGCUCACAAAGGCUGUGUGAAAUGCAUACGUCUGCAGUUCAGCAGCACUUUUUCCAAGUCUAAUCCUACAGGUUCUUCAAAUAAACCUGUAUCCAAAAAGGUAGAAGUCAAAGCUGGCAGUAAUCUUGGAGGAAUUCAAAAUACUGGCAUAAAAAACAUUGGCUCUCAAGCAUCAGCAACAGUUUUACCUCAUCUGACAUUGUCAAAUGAGAAUAAGGGAGGAGAGAUUCUUCAGGAGAAAACAGGUUUACCCCAUAGUUGCAGCUUGGAUGUGAUUCCAUCUAAAGAAAUAGAUCAUGGGAAAAGUGCUGAUUUAAAUAAUUUGGAUGGUUUGGGUCGAAGUAGUUUAGGAGAUGUUUUUUCUCCAGUCAGAGAAGACACUAUUGCAAGUAAAGGGAAUGAAGAUCCUCAAGGAAAACGAGAUGUUCUGGAUUUUCAGUCCUACAGUGUGGGUUUGGAUUUUCUCCCACAGCUUACCACUGCCUUACCAGUAAAAAGAAAUCCAGUGGGCAGCAGUGCUCAAGGGAUACAGUCUAGCCCGUUACAUGCACUUGUGGGAUCUCCAACUAAAGAAGAGGAAGAACAUCCAGGGACUGACACCAAGAAACUGAAUCUUGGAAAACAAGAACCUAAAGAAGUCUUAAAGCAGCUUUCAAAAUCAAGCUCGUCAAGUUCAGAAUCUGCAACUUCAAGUUCUCCAUCAUCAUGCACUGUAAUAAAAGUUUCUAACACAAGUGAGAGACUAGUGAAGAAUAUUCAGGCCCAUUCUGCAUAUGAUCUACCAGUAAAUGGUACUACCUCAAUAAGUACAAAGAUAACAUCACCUGUUACUACUGAAGUUGCCAGUUCAUUGUCAGAAAAAAUAGCAGAAACCAUUGGGAGUAGCAGGCCAAAUGCACCUCUGACAUCCAUCCAAAUAAACUUCAUUCAGAAUAUGAUACAAGAAACAAUGGAUGACUUCAGAGAAGCAUGUCAUCGAGAUAUUGUGAAUUUGCAAGUGGAGAUGAUCAAGCAGUUCCAUAUGCAGUUGAAUGAAAUGCACGCUCUACUUGAAAGGUAUUCUGUAAAUGAAAGCUUAGUAGCUGAAAUAGAGAGACUACGAGAGGAAAACAAAAGACUGAGGACUCACUUCUGAGAGAUUUAUACUGCUAAUUUUAUUAGCAUGAGCUCAUUACAGGUGGGCUGUUGCUUAUGGCAGAUCAUCCAUCAUCACUGAAGUAUUGUAUGAAGACCUGCGAUUAUUUUGAACAUUGAUCUUCUAAAUAAAUGGUGUCACAUACUAUAUGUAGUUAUAGAAUGUUGCAGAUAAAUACUAUAUAAAGAACUUUUGCAUACUCGUGCUAACCACCUUGAAAUAAAUCAUCUAACAGAAAGCUGAAAGGAUAAAUACAGAGUUUUAGCAAUCUGUGAAGUGCCUUUUUUAUAAACGAAAUAAAACCAGGAUGGGUGCCUUUUCUGCAAGAACUUUUUGAUACACCUACUUUUCUAUCUGCUUUUUUUACUUUAGUACUGUCUGAAACAAUCACUGUAGCUUGCCUUUCAGAUACUUUUCCUUGGAAAAAGAAGAGAGAGAAAGCUCAGCUUCUUCAUGACAUGGAACCUUGUUUAUAAGAAGCUGAAAAUUACAUUAUUCAGUUAACUUUAUUAAACUGGGAACUGUUCUAUCCUGGGUAAAACUAGAGCUUGAAAAUACUCCCAAAUUCAUUGCCAUGAUCUUUCUUACUGUAUUUGUAAGUCUGUAAUUUGUGCUUGUCUGCUGUGGACUUUGAUGUUGCAAAUCCUACUUCAGCUGCACUGUGAGAUCUUUGUUACAACUUUGGCUAUGAAACUAAAAUUCUUUUUAUUUACAUGUAUUUAGGCUUCAAAAUGUAAGUAUGCUUAGCCAUUAAUAAUACAGCACUGUUUGUAAAUGCAGUCUUUCAGUCUUUGACUCAAGCCUCUUUCAGUUUGUAGUGGACAACACCUAAUAUUGAGUGGUUGUGUUGUAGUUUUGAAUCUCAUUGUUUUAGCAUUAUUGUGGCCUUUUUGAGGUAGCUGAGUACCAAAUCUGACUAAUAUCCUAGUUGUAUGAUUAACAUAACAAAUGUUAAAGGAAAAUCAUUACUUCAGUAGCAUAAUGGUAUCGUAAUAGGGAGUAAAAAUUUCUGAAAUGAAGCUUAGUAUGAAGUCCUGACUGCUGAAGUUUGUGGGAGAUUUGGCUUGGCCUUUAUGAUUGCCAAGAGAUUAAAUGAAAUCUUCAAAUUAAUUAAAAAAUCAAAGUAGAAUUUUAAGUUAAACAAAAAAUUUCUCUGAAAGACUUCUUCUAUGAAUGCUUCUUGCUAUUUAAAUUGUUCUGGAGGCUCCUUAAUUUUCCCACUAGUAUUUAGUUUUUUCCUUUUCACACAAUCAUUAAAAUUUAAGGGAAGAUUGAGAAGAUGGUGAGUUAAUAAGCUACAACACCUAGAGUUUAAAUCCAUCAUGGCACUCUUCUCCGAGAUGAGAAAGCCAUAAUAUAUAGUGUAACUUAUUUUUAUAUAUUGUAAAACUAAAAAAACCCUAUCUAUACCUUUUCCUUAUUUUGAACUUUUUUUAAAAAAAGACUUUUCAUGUCAGUUAAUGACAAAUACAACCUUGCAGCAAAAUGUGGGUGCUCGAGUACUCUUUAAUAUUAGGGACGAGACUUCAUCUGUAGUUCUACUGCUUCUGUAAGCUUGUAAAAUGUUUCUACAUUACAUAAAACUUCAUGGUUAGAGGAAGCAAAGUAAGUUAAUUUUAUUUUUUUUUUUAGUAACUUAACACACAAUGUAGAGAACUUCUUUUAUAAGUUCAUAGGAUGUGCAAGCUGGACACACUGACCAUACAGUUUGUGAAGACAAUAGUAGUUGAAGGUAGCAAAAAUAUCUUACAGUUUUUCUACAUGCUUUGCAGUGUUAAUGAAGUAACCUUGCAUAUUUGCAUCUCUUGAUUUGUUCUCCAAGUGCUCUUGCUAGUAUACCCAGACAACAGCAGGGAAUUAGACAAAUACCUUGGGUAUUUGGCUUGUAGAUAAUUUGUUUUCUUGACUCAGAACUGUAUAAUGUUUUUGUUAAUUCCCAAACGGAGGUUAUUAUAGCAAGAGUGAUUAAAAAGAGACAUUUUGGCCUCUUGAAAAAGAUUUUUAGGGCUGUUUUCCAUAUCUCAGGAUUACUGUAGCACAAGUGGCUGCACUUGCUGUGUGGAGACCCAAUAUGCCUACCACUGUAGGGGUAUAUUUUGCCUUGUACACAAAACUGAUUUGUAUGUUAAAAUAAAGGUUGUUUUAACCUUUUUGGGAAAAAUAAAA